ACUCACCCUCUAUCCCACAUUCCCACUCCGUUUCCUACUCGAUAACUUUUUCCUAUUCUCUUCUCUUUCCCCUUCUCCCCUGCCUCAAAGAAACAGAAUCGAGAGAGAAAAAUGGAGCCAAUUAUUCAAAUUUUGAACCCAUUCAGGUUUUCUCGCCCUCUUAAACUAGCUCUCCUCAUUUCUAUCCUACUAUCUUUCUCUUCAUAUUACAAAUAUUUGUUAGUAUAUAUUCUUCAACUCUUGGAUUUCUACCUUAACAAGAAUUACGUCUUUUUGCUUUCCAAUGGAAUUAUUGUUUUUAUCUUCAAGAGCUCUGGUUUGAUCGGAAAGUCUUCGCUUAAAGAAACUGCUCUUAGAGUUCCGGCGCCGCUCAUGAAAACCAAUCAUAAUGAACAGAAUCAACCGGAAUUUGCUGAAUUGAAAUCAGAGAAGAAAACCCCGAUUGUAGAAACAUCUGAAGAAGCAAAAGAAAUGGAAAAAGGAUCUUUCACUCCAGAAGGAGAAGAAAAGGUCAUCUCGAUCGUAGGCGAUGAAGAUGAAGAGCUUUGGUUUGUCAAGGAAUAUGGUGAAGAUGAUGAAGAAGGAGAACUUGGGUCGAUGAGUACAGAGGAAUUGAACGAGAAAUGUGAAGAUUUCAUCAGAAGGAUGAAAGCAACCAUCAAUUCCGAAUCAAAUUUAAUGCAAAGAGAAAUCAUGAUCGGCUUUUAGAAUGUCUCUGACUCGUAUUUUUGGUGCGGUUGUGGCUGCAUCUAAACGUGUUCAAUGGAUAUUUUAUCACAUAAAAAAAAUUUAUUUAAUUGCAGGUGAUAAUGUGUGGAAAAAUCAGCUGAUGAGCUCAUAUCAAUUUUUAAAUAAUAGAUUUUAUCUUUUAUUAAUUAUUUUUGACAAUUAUGUUAAAUCGAGACUGUUUUAAGGAAAAUAUUAAUAAUUUCGGAUGGUAUAACGUAACCACGUGUUGGCAUAACCACGCCCUUGUUUUCAUUUUGCAAUUUGUACAAUCUGCUGGUUUCUGCAUACUUGCUGGGAUCUCUAAAAUCUAAAUAAUUUCUGUUUACCGUAAAAUAGUAUCUAGAGAGCCCAGAUGUAUUACUAUAAUAAAUUCAACUUAUCAAG